AUGGAUGUCGAAGAUAGACAGUCCUUGAUUACGAGACUCAAGAACUCAGUUCCCCUGUUGUUUCGAAAACGCCCGGAGAUGUCCAAACCCGAAGAAUUCCGAGCGACUGACGUCGUGACCCAUCGUUAUGCCAAGUUGGCCGUUUUGAAGAAGAAGCUUAUAGAGUUCAAAAUACCCGAGAAGGAUAUUUGGAUCAGGGCGACCAAGAAGAAUGGUCUCGAGAUGCAGCUCCCUCGACCACUCACGGAGAAUGAACAUGAGAACAUCAUGACGGCGUUCGAAGAAGAGGAGGCCAAAAGGGUUGAAGAAAUGUGCAUUCCCGAGAAUGAACUACCUGACCGCCAUUUUCUAUCCUCCUCCAAGGUCGUACUCUUUCCAGAGCGACAUCGAUCCCUAUUCCCCGGCGUCAAGCCGACGAAGCACAGGAUUUUCGUCCACAUCAUCCUCCUCUACGUAUAG